AUGGCCUCCAACUUGGAAGAAACACUCGGAAAACUUCUUGUUCCAGACAAUAACACAAUUCAGCUGGCAACACAGCAACUGAAGGAAUUGUUUAAGGAUCCCAAUGUUGUCCCAGGACUUUGUCAGGUCUUAGGAUCUUCACAAGUACCUCAGGUUCGCCAGUUUGCAGCUGUUCUUCUGAGAAGAAAAAUCCAGAAAGGGAGACAAUAUCGUGCUUUGCCAGAAAAUAUUAUAAAUAAUAUUCGUGACAACAUCUUACAGAUACUUGUACAAGAGCCAGAGAAGAGUGUGAGGAACUCUAUAGCCCAAGUGGUGGCAGUGGUAGCCAAACAUGACCUGCCAAAAAACAGCUGGCCACAACUGCUGCAGUUUCUCAGUGUCUCCUGUAAAAGUCAAACCGUUGCUGAGAGGGAGACUGGCGUGUUUGUACUUCAUUCUGUGGCCUCCGGAGCUGGAGAACAGAUGAAGCCUCACUUGGCUAGUCUGCUACAGAUGAUGACUGUAAUCAUUAAUGAUUCAGAGAGUCUACUUGUCCCUUACUACUCCAUCAGAACAAUUGCAGAGCUGAUCUUCUUCAUUGGAGAAGAUGAGAAGAAAUAUGUGCAGGGUAUGAUUCCAAGGAUUUUAGAGUUUGCCAAACUACUUAUACCACAAGAUGAGGAGAAAGCGUGCGAAGUACUGGAAGUGUUUGAUGAGAUGCUGGAGUGUGAAGUGAACAUCAUUGUGCCUUACAUGAAGACUGUUGUUGACUUCUGUCUGGAGGUUGCUGGAACAGCUGCCCUAGGUGAUAGUGUGCGUGUGAAAGCCAUGUCCUUUAUAGCUUCAUUUGUCAAGCUCAAAAAGAAGGCUUUUCUGAAACAGAAAUUAGUAAACCCAGUGUUGAAUGUUAUUUUCCCUGUGAUGUGUGCUGGGUCAGAGGAUGACGAGGAAGACGAAGACGUAGAUGAAGUUGAAGCACAGAAGCCUUCUGUUUAUGGUCCUGAGGUGAUUGACACCAUGGCUCUCCACCUUCCCCCUGACAAACUCAUUCCAAAUCUGAUGACAAUAGUUGAGCCUGCCAUUUUGAGUGAGACACCAUCGCAUCGGCGUGCUGCGUAUCUCGCUCUGGCUGUGGUUGUCGAGGGCUGUGCUGACUACAUUACCAAUAAACACUUGCAGGCUGUACUUCAAUGUGUUGUCAAGGGUUUAAAUGAUCCAGAUCAGCAGGUCAGGAACUCUGCUCUCUUUGCUCUGGGACAAUUUUCGGAGCAUCUACAGCCUGAUAUUAGCAAGUUUGCCUCAGAGUUACUUCCACUUCUUUUCCAAUACCUUGGUCGAGCAACGCAGGAAGCUGAUAAAAACCCCAAGGGCCUCACCAAAAGUUACUAUGCUUUGGAGAUGUUCUGCGAAAAUCUUGGUAAAGACAUUCUGCCCUACUUGUCCACACUAAUGGAGCACUUGAUUAAUGUCCUGAAGACCUCGCCUACCAACAGACCCAAGGAGCUGGCAAUAAGUGCUCUAGGAGCAACAGUCAAUGCUGCUAAGGAAGGUAUGAAGCCCUACUUUCCUGUUAUCAUCGAACAGUUCAAGAUCUACCUUAUGGCAGGAGAUGAUGAGGAGAUGAGAAAUCUACAGAAACAAACAUUAGACACCCUCGGAUUGUUGGCUCGGGGAGUCGGAUUGGAGACCUUUCUCCCACUCACUAAAGAGUGUGCCCAGCUUGGCUUGAAUCUCCUACAUACUGUGGAUGAUCCUGACCUUCGUAGAUGUGUGUACGGGUUGUUUGCAUCACUUUCCUCCAUCAUGAAAGGUGACAUUGGUCCUUACCUAGAAAAUCUCAUUACACAUAUGAUUGGCUCUCUAAAGUCUACAGAAGGUGUUAAGGCACAUGUGGCAUUAGCAGAAGAACAAAUGAGUAUUUUUAACGAGGAGGAUUUUGGAGAGGAAGAAGACAUUUCUCAGGAAGAUGAUGAUGAAGAUGACCAUCAGCAUAUAGAGGGGAUCAGUGUAGAGAAUGCCUUUGUUGAUGAGAAAGAGGACACAUGCUGUGCUCUAGGGGAGCUGGCUGCCAAUUCAGGAGCAGUGUUCUUCCCCUACCUGGAGAUGAGUUUCAAGGAAGUUUUGGACAUGAUGGACUAUCCUGCCCUAGGGGUCAAGCGUACUGCCUCUGCAGCUCUGGGUCAGAUGUGUAUCUGUGUCCACAAGGCCAAUACAGACUCUCCAACGCUAGAAACUAAUGCAGCCUUGUCUGCCAUGUUGAACACUGUUGUGGUAAAGUACCUGGAGCUGAUACAGACGGAGUUUGAUCGUGAAAUUGUGAUGACCGUCAUUGACACAUUGUCAGAGAUGCUGGAAAAGAUUGGUCAGCCAGUGUUACAGGUCCAGGGAGCUGCGGAUGCCAUUCUCUCCAAAAUGAAGGAGGUCUUCACUCACAAGCUGGCCUGUCAAGAUCAAGAUGAAGAUGAGGAUGGUGAAGAUGAGGAGGCUGAGUUUGAUGGGAUGCUGAUAGAGUCUGCUGGUGAUGUCCUGCCUCUGAUGGCUAAACUUCUCGGCGGAGAGGUCUUCCUACCUUUCUUCUCCAGCUUUCUCACUGACCUCUUAAAACGACUGAAGGAGAAAAGUGCUGUGUCGGAGAAGUCGUUUGCUGUAGGGACCCUGGCAGAGAUCGUACAGGCCUGUGGACCUGCAAUUCUACCCUUCACAGACACCUUGUACCCGCUGUUCAUGAAGAUGGUUAAGGAUGAAGAUGAAGAAGUGUCUAGUAACUCUAUAUUUGCUGUUGGUGUCCUUAUAGCUACAAGUGGGGAGAAGUUAUUCUCCCAGUAUCCUGAUAUCCUGAAGUGUUUGUUUGAAGCUCUUAGUAAAGGGGAUAGUCCACGCCUGCAUGACAACAUUUGUGCUGCCACCUGUCGGAUGAUCAUGACAAAUAAAGCUGGCGUUCCUAUGUCACAGGUUGUUCCAGUUGUCAUGCAAUGUCUGCCCCUGAAAGAGGACUUUGAAGAGAACGAAACUGUAUAUAAAUGUCUGAUUGAACUCUACAGUAGUUGCGAUGAAGAGAUUUUAAAGCAAACUCCAAAGUUACUUGAAGUUGCUUCACAAGUUUUGGGUUCUGAAGGAUUAAAAGAUGAAACACAGUCUUUGCUGGUACAGAUGGUCAAGAUGAUUCACAAGCAGUUCCCAAAUGAUUUCCAAGCUAUUGCCAAGAGUCUGUCCCCCGAGCAAGCCAGUAAGCUGGAGACGUGUCUUACUUACACCAAUGGGUCAACCUGAUAGCCUUCAUUGACUUACAACAACAAACACAUUUUCAUUAGAUCCGUGUCCUCAGUCGUGUUAAUUUGUAAUUUCCCUUUCGUACUUUUUUUUCGUGAUUUAUUUUCGUGUUGAUCUUCAUCAUCAGGUUACUUAGAUAUGGUAUGAAAGGGGAUCUUUGUACUAUUGAUGAUCGUUGUUGGCAAAGAAGAAAAUGAAGAUUUUUAUGGUAUUUAGUGUGCUGAUGUUAAUCAUUGGAUUUAAUACAAGUGCUAUACAGAACGAAAUUUCGUCUGAUUUCAGAAAUUUGGAAUGUUAAGUUUUGAUUGCUUUCCAGGAUGUCUCUUGCUUCCUCCCAAAGAGGUUGUUUAUUUUUUUUAAAUGUUGACUAUGCUUAUAGAUAUUUAAGGGGUUGUGGUGGAGUGUUAUAUGUCAGAACAAUGCCUUGAAGUGAAACGCCAGUAUUUCUUACGUCUCAUAUCAAUAGAAAAUAUGAAAUGGGACCAUUCUUAUUUAUGCAAAAAAAGGAAAAGGUGCCAACUUUUUAUUUUAUAUUUGCAUCAUCAGCAAUAAUUUUUCAGACUUGUUAACAGUGUUCAGUCUAUAUUUAGACCAAUGUGAUUUAAACAAACAAGAGACUUAAAUGUUGUUUAUAUGUCAGUUCCAACUUCUGUAUUGUCUUUCCCCAUUGCAAUACACUUGUUAUGAACAUGAUUACAUUUUGACAUUUUUAUACAUUCAUCAGCCUAUGAAACGAAAUUUGGAAUCUUUUUUUUUUUUUUUGAGUAAUAGAUUUUUAUGUACACAGCGUAAUCACAAUUUACCAAAGAUGUGAAAUAGCAAAUGGACCAAUUAGAAUAAUCAGCUAUAAAAACAGUUCAAGUGAAAACUACAGGAGAGAGGACUUACUUCUGUAAAGAUCCAGAAUAUAUUUCAAACAUAGACUUCCAUGAUAAGGAAUGAAAUAUUGGAACUUUGGAAAUAACUGAUAGUAUUUACUGGUAGACUUGCUUCGUAAUCACUCAUUGUCAGCUAGUAGAAUUUCGCUCCUAGAGGAUAUACCAAGGUACUUUGGAGAGAUAAGAUUUGAAUAAAAUUUGCAUGGUAAAUUUACCCACAUUCAAUAAAAGUCUCCUAGAAGUUUUAUACCUUAUCAGCUUCAGAGCUUUUUGAAUGAUGUACAGAAUGUGUACUAGUUACAAGAGAGAAUUCAGAACAGUCUUCAUUUCAUUGAAGUGUGGAAGGUGAUACAAAACUGUAUUCUCUUUGUAGAUUUCUUAGUUUUUUCUGUUUCUAUUCUCUGUUGAAUAUUUAAGGUAAAAUCAAAAUAAACUUGCAAGUUUCAGAUUUCAACAUUUCUACAGCGUGUAAAUAGUGUACAAUAUACAAAGUAUAUAUUUAAGAUUAAAAUUGUUAAUUUGUAGUAACCUGCGACUUUAGUUAACCCACAAAUGAAUUAAAUUUGAUGCAUGUUUUAAUUAUGUAUAUGAAAUAUCUUAAACAUGUAUCCACAUAUAUUUUACUUAUAAAUUGUUGAUGGUUACCGUUUUCUGAAUUAGUUUUAUUUAUUACGGGUUGUGGGAUAAUUGUAUACUCCUCCAAUCUCAUAUCACAUUGUUUAACUGACCUUACUCCUGGUCAUAUUGUAAAUAUUAAUCUGCUAAAAUCACACUUAUUGAAAGAGAUAUGUUGUUGAGGUACAACAUUUGAUGAUUUUUAUUAGAGUUAAAAUUUUAACAUAAGAUAAACAUUAAAAAAAAUAAAACUUAAAUACAUUAUCAGACCUUUUCAAAAUGUGCAUUUUCUGAGUUAAGUUUGUUUAACUGUAUUGAUUUCAGCUCUUUAGAAAACAAGAAAAUGUCAGAAUUCCUUGGUGAUGUUUGAUUUAUUAGUUUAAUUGCAAUGUUCCAAUUGCAUAUGGCUUAUUAAUCAAUUCAUGGUUUCUCCUAUGAUUAUGAUGGAGAGACCCAAACAAUGGAAAUCACUUAAAGAACAUGUUUGUAUUUUGUGUUUAUCCCUUCCAUUGAGUGAUACCCCCAGGCUAUGCAACGUGCAAGAAAUGCCACGUACUUGCUUUUUGCUCUGAAAUUCUGUGUUAAACCUGUCAUAGUGUAGAGUUAAUUCCCCUUUUACAUUAAGCAUCAAAUUUGAUAGCAUGUUUGUGUAGUAAUUGUUAUCUUUCGUCUAACAGGAAUCUGUCUUAUCAUUGGCUAAUCUGCAAAAUAGAAUGUCAAUUUCAGUUCAGAUUUUGUAAAAGACUUGCUAAAAUCAUAUUUCUAUUCCCCUUAAUUUUAGGAAUAAGAUAAAAUUUUGUACUGGGCAAUGAUAGAUACUGUUUAUUGGUAUCGCUAACAGCAAUGCAUUAGAUGUGGGUGAGCUGAUUACCGGACAGAAGUUUGUUGCAUAAAUACAGUACUUAUUGCCAUCUUAAUGACAUGGAAUUGCUGUAAGAAAUGUAAAGCUUAAAUUUGUCCCUCUAGAACUUCAGUUACAUUUUGAUGAGUUGUUUUCGAUUUUUUGCUUCAUGGAAAAUUGAAAUUGGAAGUACCUUGUGUUAUACGUUUCCAGUACUGUUUUGUUAAGGCUGAUUGUGAAGGUAAACUUCCGAGGUAUAUAAACAAGGAAGUACAAUAUAAUCAUUUGCUUAAAUUGUGGAUUUGUUUCCACAAUUUGCCUUCUUAGUUUGUUGUAUUGUCUUUUUGUUCUUGACCAGCAUUUGUUUGUUUCUUAAACAAACGCUCAUCCCUAUGUGCAAUAAAACAAAAUUC